UAUGGAUGGCUUACUUGAAUGGAGUUUCCUUUAUAACUUGGAGCAUGACAGAGCAAAACCCAAAUGGCUGAGACAAAGCUCGAUCUGAUCUCAUGUUUAUGUUCUGACUAUGUUUGAUUCCGGUGUCUGAGGAGAGAGUGUGGUGUUAUUGAUAAGAGUGUGAGAAGUGGAAGUAACAGAAAAGAUGAACAACAGUGGUGGAGGGACUUUGAUGGGAUUGAGCAAUGGUUACUAUGGGAGGUCGCCAUUCACAGUGUCUCAGUGGGAGGAACUGGAGCACCAAGCUUUGAUCUUCAAGUACAUGCUUGCGGGUCUUCCUGUGCCUCAGAAUCUGGUGCUCCCCAUUCAGAAGAGCUUCAAUUCUAUACCACAUGCCUUCUUUCACCAUCCCACAUUGAGUUACUGUUCCUUCUAUGGGAAAAAGGUGGACCCAGAGCCAGGGAGAUGUAGGAGGACUGAUGGAAAAAAGUGGAGGUGCUCCAAGGAAGCAUACCCAGACUCCAAGUACUGUGAGCGCCACAUGCACCGUGGCCGCAACCGUUCAAGAAAGCCUGUGGAAUCACAAACUAUGACUCAAUCCUCUUCGACUGUCACAACACUUGAUGUCACUGGUGGCAGUGGCAGCAGUAGAACUGUAAACUUCCAAAAUCUUCCUGCAAAUGCUGUUGGUAAUCUCCAGGGUACUGAUUCUGGAACUGACCAUACCAGUUAUCAUCUAGAUUCCAUUCCUUAUGCCAUCCCAAGUAAAGAAUACAGGUAUCUUCAAGGACUUAAAUCUGAGGGUGGUGAACAUAUCUUCUUUUCUGAAGCUUCAGGAAGCAGCAAAGUUCUCCAAAUGGAGUCACAACAGCUGGAAGACACAUGGUCUUUGAUGUCUAACAAAGUUGCCUCUUUUUCUACGUCAAAAUCAAGUAAUGAUUCCCUGUUGCAUAGUGAUUAUCCUCAAAACUCGUUUUUAUCUGGUGAAUAUGCAUCAGAAGAGCACCUGAAGGAGGAGGGUCAGUCUCUUCGACCCUUUUUCAAUGAAUGGCCAAAAGGCAGGGAUUCAUGGUCUGGUCUGGAAGAUGAGAGAUCUAACCAAGCAGCUUUCUCCACAACUCAACUUUCAAUAUCCAUUCCCAUGUCUUCUGAUAUCUCUGCAACGAGCUCUCAGUCCCCACACGGUGAGAAUGAGAUUCAAUUUCGGUAAAAAUUUAGCUUCUAAACAUGGAUUAACUGUUCUUGUAAUUAUACUGUUGCAGAUAAUUAAAAGCAGUCUUUGAAAUGUUAAUCAAAGGAUCUAAUAAGUCUGUCUUAUUUGAUGGGUGGAUACUUGUUGAACCUUGGAAUGUUAUUGGCUUUGUAUCUUAUGAAUGAACUACCUUGAAUACCUCGUACUGAAUGUUUUGUGCUGAAUAAAGUUCUUGGUUUGAAAUGUUUUUUUUUUUUUUUUUUUUGUGUUUUUCAUUUUGUUUUUGGCACUUGUUCGAUUUCAUUUCCAAUGUCAACAUUUAUACAAUAACAAAAUCCAAUAUGCAGCAUUGCAACCAAACUUCAAUGAUAUAAUUCCAACAAAACAACGUAAGCAAGAAAGAAAAUCGUUUAAACUGUGAAAUGUAACCGAGUUUCAAUAAUGCUAUCAGAAAACAACAACUUAGGAA